AGGUAUCUAAGCCCCUCCCCCUAGCGCAGUCCUUUGAGUCCUCUCGUCAUUUAAAGGAUGAGCUCCUCGUGAUCUUAAGUUUAGUUAUUUUCGACAGAAAACAAAAAUGUCGGGCAGCUCGGUGCAUGGUGGCUUCAGAGGCAGCAGCUUCCUGUCCAACCAGGCUGCGUUUUGGCUCGCGUGGUUCUCCACCUGCUUCACUCACGACGCGGACAAACUGUGCGCACCUGCCGGCCUGACUUUGCUGUCCGCGUUGCUCCUGCUGCUGUCAUGCCUUCUGCUUUUGUAUCUGAGGUGCAAAUUUCCAGGGGAGUAUUCAGGAGAGACCAUCCUGGGUUUCUACUGCUUCCUUGGUGACCUGUGCAGCGCAAUGGGAGCCAUCAUGUCCAGGCAGCUGCACAUUCAGGUUUUCAUGGGCUCUUUUGCGGCUGCUCUGGAUGCUUUCAGCUGUAUUUUGUGCUGCUUCUCUGUAUUCCUGUGCUGGAACUCAGAAGGACACAGGCGCUUGAGGAUGGCGAAGAAGCGCAGGAGGCAGCAUCUCCUGGCUGUGGGGGUGUUGAUGGUGGUCGCAGGAGGGUUUUUGAAGUCCAGGGUUGAGCCUCCCACAGUCAGAUCUGUCAAAGCACGGAGGCUUCUGGCUUCUGGUCUGCAGCCUCCCAGCUGGAGUCUGUUAAUGGACAACACUGAAAUCCUUGGCUACACACUGGGCCUUCUGUCCUUUGUCAUUGCCUGUACCUCCAGGUUUCCCGCGCUCUGCAGAGCAACCAAAGGGCAGAAGUUUACUCGAUUCUACAUUUUCUCGAGGCUGCUGUGCUCCGUGUCAGGUGUUCUCUAUACUGCAGCUAUCCUCCUUUCUAACACUCAGUUUGGGUUUCUCCUGAGAGUCCUACCAUGGCUUCUCUCUGCAACUAGUUGUGUUCUUCUGGACCUCAUUAUUUUAUUAAUCUACAGUUGCAAGAGAGCAACAAGGCAGCGCCGGAUGAAGUUUGGUCCGGACAUGGAAAGUCUUUUAGGUGAUUCAAGCAUCGGUGCAGAGCAUACUGGGUUCUCAAAUCAACAGAAGAAACCAAGUUCCAACUUUUCUGCUCAAACAAAGGUCUUCGCUAAUGUCUUGGAUUGUAUACGACAAUAUUCAACAUUCUCUGGAAAAGUGAAAAAUAUUCAGAAGAUGACUGAUAUGGGUCAGUAUAUGGAUGUCAGUAUUCAGCCAGCAAAACAAAUAUCAUUUAAAGAAGUUAUGAUGGGCAAGGAAAGGGUGGAGGAUGGAGCUCUGUGCAGCAGGGUGCGCCUGGUCAGAGUUGGCAGUCUCUGCUCCUCAGAUACGUCCUAUGACUCCUCGCCUGACAGCUCUGAUCUGGAGUGGGAUUUUGGAGCAGCCAUUUCACAGUGGAGUAAACCAACAGUGAAACUCCAGGAGAGAGAUGAAUUCCCCCUUCAAGACUGGCCAGUAAACCCCAAACCCCUCAGCAUCUGCACAUACUCCGAACCCCCAAAGAAAACACUGUCUGCUUCAGAGGAGUGCAGCCCUGCUGUAAUCUGAACAGUCUUUCGCAAAUAAAGCAGUCAUUUGAGAAUUAAUAAACAGGGCAAACAUUGA